CCAGUAUAAAGCAGCAGACGCCUGUGCGCUCCACCUCACACGCAGCGCCUGCCUGAGUCUGUUCUGACCCUUCCUCACCCGGCUCACCACCACCAUGACACCAGGCAUCCAGGCCCUUUCCUUUCUCCUGCUGCUUCUAUUGCCAGUGCUUACAGCUGCCAUGAGCUCUGACUCCACAACCCAACCUCAAAGUACACAGACUCCCCUUAACAAAACAAUGUCCAGCUCCACUGAGGGGAGUUCUAUGAGCGCAACCAGCCACCCUGCCACAACGCCGGCCACCACGCCAGCCCACGGUUCCACCUCGUCCCAGGCCACCAGCCAUGCCACAACGCCGGCCACCACACCAGGCCACCAUUCCACCUCAUCCCAGGCCACCAGCCAUGCCACAACGUCGGUCACCAUGCCAGUCACCCGUGCCACCUCAUCCCAGGCCACCAGCCAUGCCACAACGCCAGCCACCACGCCAGUCACCCGAGCCAUCUCGUCCCAGGCCACCAGCCAUGCCACAACGCCGGCCACCACGCCAGUCACCCUAGCCACCUCGUCCCAGGCCACCGGCCCUGCCACAACACCAGCCACCACGCCAGCCCACAGUUCCACCUCGUCCCAGGCCACCAGCCAUGCCACAACGCCGGCCACCACACCAGGCCACCAUUCCACCUCAUCCCAGGCCACCAGCCAUGCCACAACGUCGGUCACCAUGCCAGUCACCCGUGCCACCUCGUCCCAGUCCACCAGCCCUGCCACAACACCGGCCACCACACCAGGCCACCAUUCCACCUCAUCCCAGGCCACCAGCCAUGCCACAACACCGGCCACCACACCAGGCCACCAUUCCACCUCGUCCCAGGCCACCAGCCAUGCCACAACGCCAACCACCACGCCAGUCACCCGUGCCACCUCGUCCCAGUCCACCAGCCCUGCCACAAUACCGGCCACCACACCAGGCCACCAUUCCACCUCAUCCCAGGCCACCAGCCAUGCCACAACGUCGGCCACCACGCCAGUCACCCGUGCCACCUCGUCCCAGGCUACCGGCCCUGCCACAACACCAGCCACCACGGCAGCCCACAGUUCCACCUCGUCCCAGUCCACCAGCCCUGCCACAACACCGGCCACCACACCAGGUCACCAUUCCACCUCAUCCCAGGCCACCAGCCAUGCCACAACGCCGGCCACCACGCCAGUCACCCGUGCCACCUCGUCCCAGGUGACCAGCCAGUCCACAACACCGGCCACCACGCCAGCCCACGGUUCUACCUCGUCCCAGGCCACCAGCCAUGCCACAACACCGGCCACCACGCCAGCCCACGGUUCUACCUCGUCCCAGGCCACCAGCCAUGCCACAACACCAGCCACCACGCCAGCACACAAAAGCACCUCUGCCAAGGCUACCACCAUCCCAGUUGGCAAGGGCACUUCAUCCUCAGUUUCCAGCCAUCACUCUGAUAUGCCCACCACCCCUGCCAGCCACAGUACCAGGACUACUACUGGCCAUAGCACAGGACCCCCCACCUCCCCCGGCCAUAAGACUCCUCCCCAGUCGUCUCUCAGGAUCUCCGUGUUCUUCCUGUCCUUUAGCAUUUUUAACCUCCCAUUUAACUCUUCCCUGGAAGUUCCCAGCACCAGCUACUACCAGGAGCUGCAGAGAAACGUUUCCGAGUUGUUUUUGCAGAUCUACACACAAGAGGAAUUUCUGGGCUCCUCAAAUGUAAAGUUCAGGCCAGGAUCCGUGGUGGUAGAAUCAACGCUGGCCUUCCAAGAGGGCACCACCACUGCCGACAAGGUGGAGCUACAGUUCAUAGAACACAAAUCAAAAGCACAGAGAUACAAUCUGAUCAUCGGCAGAAUUAAUGCGUAUGAUGUGUCAUUUCCUUCCUCUGCCCAGUCUGGGUCUGGGGUACCUGGCUGGGGCAUCGCCUUGCUGACGCUGGUCUGUGUCCUGGUUGCGCUGACCAUUAUCUAUCUCAUGGCGCUGGCUGUGUGUCAGUGCCGCCGAAAGAACUGUGGGCAGCUGGACAUCUUUCCAACCGGAGACACCUACCAUCCUAUGAGCGAGUACCCCACCUACCACACCCAUGGGCGCUAUGUGCCCCCUGGUAGUACCAAACGGAGCCCUUAUGAGGAGGUUUCUGCAGGCAAUGGUGGCAGCAGUCUCUCUUACACGAACCUGGCAGCCACUUCUGCCAACUUGUAGGGGCAUGUUGCCUUCUGAGUCUCCAGCCAGUGCCAGCUGCCGCCGUCAUGGUCUUCCCUGGCAGAGCGUCCCCCGCCCACCGUUCUGGACGGGUGAGCUGCGAGUUCAGGUGGGCUACUCACAGCCUCCCUCACAGACCCCACCGUGUGCCCUAACCCAUCUGAGCCCCGGUGAAGCCCAUCAGGGCCCCUGGGGACAUGCCUGGACUGGCCCGGAAAGCCCCCAGGAGGGAGUGGGAACCUGAACAUGGCUGAAUAAAACGUGGGCCUCUUCUGCGC